GUGCCUGAGGACCUGGGUUUGUUCCCUCCUCCUGCGCCGUUCGAAGUCCUCUCAGCGAGGCCAAAAGAGACUGCGGCUUCCUAAGGAUAGUUUUCCUCCGGCUCCGAAGCCUCUCGGCACCCUGUUGUGGCCCUUGCCCUCUGACCCCGUGGCGGCGGGGUGAGAGGUCGGGUGGCCAUCUUGUGGCGGCGGCGCGGGCGGCUGUUACUGCGGCGACCUAUCCCCUCCCCCUCCGCCUGGUACCCCUGAGCUGUCUGUCAGUCAGCGGAGAGUCCUGCAACCUGUCAGGAGAGGCCUGGGCCGAGUGCGGUCGCUCUCCCCGUGUCAUCGGGCGGCCCAGGCCGCUCCUCACCACCGCCACCAUGUCCUCCUUCUCAGAGUCGGCGCUGGAAAAGAAGCUCUCAGAGCUGAGCAACUCUCAGCAGAGCGUGCAGACCCUGUCCCUGUGGCUCAUCCACCACCGCAAGCACGCAGGACCCAUCGUCUCCGUCUGGCACCGCGAGCUCCGCAAAGCCAAAUCAAAUAGAAAGCUUACCUUUCUGUACUUAGCAAAUGAUGUCAUCCAAAACAGUAAAAGGAAAGGACCUGAGUUCACGAGAGAAUUUGAAUCUGUCCUUGUGGAUGCUUUUUCUCAUGUUGCCAGAGAGGCAGACGAAGGCUGUAAAAAGCCUUUAGAACGAUUGCUGAACAUCUGGCAAGAGCGAAGUGUGUAUGGCGGCGAGUUCAUCCAGCAGCUGAAGCUGUCUAUGGAGGACGCCAAGAGCCCUCCCCCCAAAGCAACAGAAGAGAAGAAGUCUCUAAAACGAACUUUUCAGCAGAUACAAGAGGAGGAAGAUGAUGACUACCCUGGAAGCUACUCUCCCCAAGACCCUUCCGCAGGCCCCCUCUUGACUGAGGAGCUAAUCAAAGCUUUGCAGGAUUUGGAAAAUGCAGCAUCAGGGGAUGCUACUGUUCGACAGAAGAUUGCUUCCCUGCCCCAGGAAGUGCAAGAUGUGUCACUGCUGGAAAAAAUUACAGACAAAGAGGCAGCUGAACGUCUCUCAAAAACAGUAGAUGAAGCAUGUCUGUUACUAGCAGAAUAUAACGGGCGCCUGGCAGCAGAAUUGGAAGACCGGCGCCAGCUGGCACGGAUGCUGGUGGAGUACACCCAGAACCAGAAAGAGGUUUUGUCAGAAAAAGAGAAAAAGCUAGAAGAGUAUAAACAGAAGCUUGCUCGAGUAACCCAGGUCCGCAAGGAACUCAAGUCCCACAUUCAGAGCUUACCAGACCUCUCACUGCUGCCUAACGUCACAGGGGGCCUGGCACCUCUGCCCUCUGCUGGUGACCUCUUCUCAACCGACUAGGACAGGUAUCAUACCCCAGGUUCCCAUGUGUGCCAGAGAAAAGAAGCAAGUCACUAUUGGAGACAGCCUCCUGGCCCUGGCUCCAUUUCUUCAGCCAGCAUCUGCCUCAGUAAUGAAGCGGGGGAGCUCUGACUUCUUGUUCUCCUCCGGGCCCCUCCUGAGCACAGUUCAGAACCGUGCAAAUGGACUGACUCAGUUUCAGUUGUCUUUGCUAAGAAUACAGACUCUCCCUCCCGCUCACUUUCUCAUCCUCCUGUUGCUUUUCCAUUCUUAGCGGUCUCUUAGACCCACAGCCAUGAAAACCAUGUGUGCUGUGGAAGCUUUUGAGAGAAUCUUGCUUCAGGUGGCAGCACAUGCUAUGGAAGUCUGAGCUGGCCUUCGCCAAGGUUCAGAACAGGCUCCCAGUGAGGGACUCAGGCUGCAGGCGUUGGCGUACCUGGACACAAUCUGCCCACAAGGUCAGCAGCACAGCUUUCCCACAAAGAGUUUGCCAAAUUUCUGACCCUUCCCAACCGUCAUUUCUACUAGAGAAGUGUUGUCAAGGUUAGGUGUGUUUGUUUUGUGAGAUUUUAGAUAAUCUAGUAAUAACAUUCAAAGCUGAUCUGGGACAUAGUCACAGUGCAGGUACAGAGUGACAGCCUGGUUUCUCCCCCACAGCCCAUGCCACAUUUCUCAAGGGUCCCCAGUAUCAGAGCGCCUUCCUAAAGCAGGACCCUGUCUCCCAUUGUGUCUGUCCCUUGCCCUCCCACCCUGGUGCUGUGAAGGCAGCUGUUUGGAUGGCAUGUCCCAGGCUGGUGUACACUGCACAGGUGGAGUCUAGGCUCUUGUGCACGUUGCUCUCCCCCUUCCUUUGGGGACUGGAGCAUACACUAGCGCUGCCAUGUGGACAUACAUCUACAGCACAGUGACUAGACUUGAACAUCUCUGCAGAUAGGACACUGAGCAUGCCAGCAGGUCAGGCCACUGUGUGUACCCAUGCUCCCAGGCCAGGAGAAGUAUUCCCAUCUCUGGCAGAGGAAGGGAACAAGGGAGGCUAACUGGGUUUGUAUGCCAUUAUCAUGCCAGCUGACAUUAUGACUGAAUGAUGUGGUUAAGAUUUUUAGCUUAUGUCUAGUGAAGAUUGAGCCUGGACUUGAAAAUCAUUCUGAUCUGGCAGGCUCAGUUUUGACAUUGGAAAGGGCAGAAACCAGUUUGCCCUGCAAGUGUAAUAGGAAUUGUAGCCCGGAGAUGGAGUCCAGAAGCCUUAAGUAGGAAUUCAGUGACGGCACUUGAGAAGUUUCAGUACUUUGAGUUGCUGUUUUCAGGGUCACCAGAAAUGCACACACUGUUUUACAUGUUAAAGCAAACCUGUGUGUCACUGUGUAGACAGGCCUCCUUUUGAGAAGCCACCCCACCUGCUGUGGGGGGAGAAUGGUGGUUCUCAGUUCCACUGUGCAGAGCCUGGUCUUGUGGAAGCCUUUAUUCACAGAGAAUGCAGGCUACUGUUUGCUUGUUCAUUCUGCCUGUUCUGUCCGCAUUGUUUUCUCCAGAGGCUACAGGGCAGCACUGACUUGAGGGAGACCCCAGUCUCUGCUGUGGAACACCUCCCCCACACAGUGUGCCACUGUAAUGUCACAUGCAUGGGCACACGGUUUCUAAACACCUCCUGCACGCACUGCUUUCCCACAGAAGCAGCUGUUUGCCAGCCACAGACCGAAAGACUGUAGCAACUCUGCGCGGAUCACUAGGAGGAAAGAUGACAACAUAAUGGAUUUAGCCCACUGCUAUGUUUUAUCCCUUGGAGUCUGACCAGCAGUCAGUGCAUAAUUCUUACAGCAAGAUCAAGAAAUGAACCUGUAGCGAUUAUGUAUGUCAAUGGUAUGUUGGCCUCUUAACACCAAUUACUAGCAGACUUCCUGUGAAGAAGUGAGUUUCGUUUUAAUGAAAUGCUUCUGUUUUUUAAUCUUCAUUGUGGUGUGCCCCACUCCCCAGUCUCCCAACUGUGUGCUUGCUUUUGUUGUUUAAUUUAAAUGAAACUUCUUGUCCUUGAGAGUUGACCUGGCAGGUGGGUGGGUGACUUCUGGUUUUGUGUUUAUGUAGGAAAUCCAUAGGCCUCAAGGGUCUUUCCUUUGGGGUCAUAUUCCUCAGAAAGUCUCUCUUUGUUUUUUGUUUUGUUUUUCUUAAAGGAUAUUUUUAAAGCUUAAAUUUGUAUAUUAAUUUAGGACUUUAUUUAGAAGUAUAGGCUGCCAUUGGUGGCAGCAGUAUAUUCUGAAAUGUCUCAUAGAUAUAUAUUUUUGAAUAAAGAUGGUGUUGUUGAACAACAUGAUGUGAUGUUUCUUCUCCCUGCCUUGUGUGCUGAGCGCCUAUGGAGAACACUCUGUUUUCUCCCCUUGGGGCUGUUAGGAUGAACUUAUCUCUGGUUCUUUCUUGGAGCUUGAUUGCCCAGUAAGCCGUCCACAC